AAGAUUGAUUCAGCCUCAAUAUUCUUUAUGGUAUCAGAGCCUUCUCUUAGCACCAAAUUAAUUCCAAAACCCUAGGUUUCUUAUUCUGCUGUGCCUCUGCGUCAAUGGAUGAGUCUUCGUCUUCUUCCUCUUUGUCUCCUUCCUCUACUUCUCCUAUUCCCACUGGUCUUCCGUUUCUUUCUACAAUUUUUGCCCCUUCCUCUCCUGUUGUGUCUGUCACGCCGUCAAUCCCUAUUCCUCCUUUUCCUCUUACUUCUUCCUCUUUACCCACAACCCUUGCCUCCUCUGUUUUCUCUCAUCCCGUUUUCUCCGUCACCAAUAUUCGGAAUUAUGUGGCAGAAACUCUUGAUCACACUAAUUUUUUUGUGUGGAAGGAAUUGAUGAUUCCUGUAUUGAAAAGCAAAGGCGUUUAUGGUCAUGUUGAUGGUUCCGAUUUGUGUCCCUCCCCUAACAGUCCGGCUUUUGAUUCCUGGAUGCAGGUUGAUUAUCAGGUUCUGUCUUGGAUUCAGGCCACUAUAUCAAAAGACAUUCUUCAAUUUAUUCUUCAACCCGGUAAGCAGCUCACAGCCAAAUUAGCUUGGGAAUCCAUUCAUCAGUUGUACCAAAGCCAACUUAGUGCUACUGCACUUCAAUUAACUCAAGAAUUCAGUGGUAUUCAGAAGCAGUCUGGCCAGAGUGUUAUGGACUAUUUGCAGUAUGUCAAGGGGUUAUCUGAUCGGCUUUUAGGAAUUGGUCAUCCAGUAUCUGAUAAAGAUUUAGUGCUUCGAACUAUUGCUGGUCUUGAUCAUUCCUUUUCAGUGGCAAAGCGCACUAUUCCUCAACGUGUUCCCUUCCCUACUUUCUUGGAAUUGCGAUCGCUACUGUUGAUUGAGGAAGCUAAUAUUUUGCAGGAAUCUUCAACUAGCUCAUUGAUGAAUGGCUCUUCUAGUUCCAGUCAAUUGUUGCAACUUACUCACCCUUCUGAUCUCCAGAUUCAUUAUGCUGCUCCUUUGCAACGAGGUCGUGGUUUUGGCCGAAAUAAUUCUUUUAGGGGAGGCCGGACUAAUCGAGGUCGGGGAUCUCGCGGAAGUGGUCGUACUGUGUGGAAUCAUCGCUCCAAUUUUUCUGGCCAUUCUUAUUCUGGUCGCGGCUUCGGCAAUGUUGCACAUGGUGCCUCUGAUUUUUCGACUGGUUAUUCUGGGACUCAUGGUGCUGGUUUUAAUGGGUCUUUGUUUGCAAAGUCUGAUGGUCAAGUGGCUGGGUUUCAUUCUGCCAAUAGUUCUACCCGUGCCUUACCCCCAUUACUGCCAACUCCGCCAACCCCUAUUGCUUGUCAAUGGUGUAACCGACUGGGCCAUCAAGCACGUGAUUGUUCUUUCUUAACUGCCAGACCUGCCUCUGCUUCCUCUGCACCCCAGUCACUAUAUGCAAAUUUAGUUCCUGCUCCUAUGGAUCCCAAUUGGUACUUUGACAGUGGAGCUCAAACCCAUGCUACCAACAAUCCUGGUAAAUUACUUCACUCCACUCCUUCCUCUUCCUCCAAUUUUAUUCAAGUUGGUAAUGGUCAGUUAUUGCCUGUUACUUCUCAUGGUAAUGCUUUUCUCUUUACUUCCAACUCUCAAUUUCGUCUUAAUAAUGUUUUGGUUGCUCCACAUCUUACCAAAAAUCUUGUUUCUGUUCGUCAGUUUACUCGUGAUAAUAAUUGUAGUGUUAACUUUGAUUCAUUUGGUUUUUCUAUUAAGGACAACAAGACGAAGAACGUCCUCCUUCGUUGCAAUAGUCCGGAUGGCUUGUAUUCAUUUUCUAGUGGUUCCUUCCCCAGUUAUCCUGCUGUCUAUUCUGUUUCGCAUUCUCCUGAUGUGUGGCAUUGUCGUCUUGGUCAUCCGGGCACCACUUCUAUUCAACACCUUGCUAGACGUGGUCUUCUUCCAAUUGAAAGAGUUACUUUGCCACCACGUUUAUGUCAUGCAUUCAAUUUGGUGCUAAGAUCAAAGCUUUGCCAUGUGAUAAUGGUCGUGAAUUUGAUAACUCUCAAUUUGCAUCCUACUUUAAUACUCAUGGAAUUCAUCUCCGUUCUUCGUGUCCCUCAACUCCCCAACAAAAUGGGAAAGCUGAGCGCAUGAAUAGAACAAUCAUGAACAUGGUUCGUUCUUUACUUUUUCAAGCAAACUUGC